AUGGCGGCGGCGCUCGCCCCCCUCACUGCCGCCGCGGCGCUCCGCCUCGGGAGCCGAGGCCUCCGCCACCGCCACCGCCACCGCAUCCUCCUCGCAUCGCUCCGCCCCUGCUCCUCCGCUCCCCAACCACAUCAUUCCGCCGUCCCGGCCGCUGCACGCCGGCUCCCAACGCCCCCGCCGCCUCCUCGCCGCCUCGCCCGCACUCUUGCCGCCUCUGCGGCCACGGCCGUCUCCGAGGGCCAGACGGAUUUAGUGGCUGGUUCAACAACUUCAAGCAAGGGACGCAUCUACCACGAGACAUAUGGUUGCCAAAUGAAUAUAAAUGACAUGGAGAUUGUGCUUUCUAUCAUGAAAAAUGAAGGUUAUGAUGAAAUUGUCCCUGACCCUGAGAGUGCAGAGAUAAUAUUUAUCAACACCUGUGCCAUCCGUGACAAUGCAGAGCAGAAAGUCUGGCAGCGUCUCAACUACUUUUGGUUUUUGAAAAGGGAAUGGAAAGCUAAUGUUGCUGAAGGUAGAUCAAAAUCUUUGCGGCCUCCCAAGAUUGCUGUCCUGGGGUGCAUGGCAGAGCGACUGAAGGAGAAAAUACUCGAUUCUGAUAAGAUGGUUGAUGUUGUUUGUGGACCUGAUGCAUAUAGGGAUUUGCCUAGGUUGCUCCAGGAAGUCGAUUAUGGCCACAAGGGUAUGAACACACUUCUAUCACUCGAGGAAACUUAUGCUGAUAUCACCCCAGUAAGGAUCUCUGACAAUUCAGUUACAGCAUUUGUGUCAAUCAUGAGAGGUUGCAAUAAUAUGUGUUCAUUCUGCAUAGUUCCCUUCACUAGAGGUAGGGAAAGGUCUCGCCCAGUGUCUUCUAUUGUCCGCGAGGUUGGUGAACUGUGGAAAGCUGGUGUGAAGGAAGUAAUGCUUCUUGGUCAGAAUGUUAACAGUUAUAAUGACACUUCUGAAGUAGAAGAAUUGGAGCCUGGCCAAAACUGGCAACUCAGUGAAGGAUUUUCCAGCAUGUGCAAGGUGAAGAAUAUGGGGUUGCGUUUUGCUGAUCUCCUGGAUAGAUUAUCUUUGGAAUACCCUGAGAUGCGGUUCAGGUUUACCUCACCACACCCAAAGGAUUUCCCAGAUGAGCUACUGUAUUUGAUGCGGGAUAGGUAUAACAUCUGCAAUCUUAUUCACUUACCAGCACAAACAGGCAGUACAGCAGUGCUGGAACGAAUGCGGAGGGGUUACACUCGAGAAGCAUACUUAGAACUUGUGCACAAAAUUCGUAAUGUCAUUCCUGAUGUUGGGCUAAGCAGUGAUUUCAUAACCGGCUUUUGUGGAGAGACAGAAGAUGACCAUGCUGAGACCCUCAGCCUUGUAAGGGCUGUUGGAUAUGAUAUGGCUUACAUGUUUGCAUAUAGCAUGAGAGAGAAGACUCAUGCUCACCGGAAUUAUGAGGACGAUGUCCCCGAAGAUGUCAAGCAGAGGAGACUCAUGGAACUAAUCAACACCUUCCGCGAGACCACAAAGAAGAACUACGAUUCUCAAAUUGGUACAGUGCAGCUUGUUCUUGUCGAGGGACCCAAUAAGCGUGCUCCCAAAACGGAGCUGAUAGGGAAGACUGAUAGGGGACAUAAGGUGUCAUUUGCCAGUGUCCCUGUACCACACACGUUCGAAGGUGAAGAAGCACGUAAGCCAGUGGUUGGUGACUUCGUUGAGGUGAAAAUUCUCAGGUCGUCGACAGCAACAUUAUUUGGGGAGCCAAUUGCACGCACAAGCUUGAGUCUGUUCUACAAAAUUGUUGCAUCUGAAGCGCAGGCUGUUGCUGCAUAA